CUCUGUCACACUUUGACUACAGGCUGUUCCUCAAAGUCAUUCAAGCUGUACUCUCCAAAGGAGCCCCCGAACGGCACUGCCUUUCCACCCUUUCACCCAGGCAGCAUGCUGGACCGGGACGUGGGUCCCACCCCAAUGUACCCUCCCGCAUACCUGGAACCGGGCUUAGGGAGGCACACGCCUUAUGGCAACCAGACAGACUGCAGGAUGUUCGAGCUCAACAAGAGGCUCCAGAACUGGACAGAGGAAUGUGAUAACCUGUGGUGGGACGCCUUCACGACAGAGUUCUUUGAGGACGAUGCCAUGCUGACCAUCACCUUCUGCUUGGAGGAUGGCCUAAAACGAUACACCAUCGGCAGGACGCUGAUCCCGCGUUAUUUCCGCAGCAUUUUCGAAGGCGGUGCCACUGAGCUCUACUAUGUCCUGAAACACCCCAAGGAGUCAUUUCACAACAGUUUUGUGUCUCUGGACUGUGACCAGUGCACCAUGGUGACACAGAAUGGCAAGCCUAUGUUCACGCAGGUGUGUGUGGAGGGCCGCCUCUACCUGGAGUUCAUGUUUGACGACAUGAUGAGGAUCAAGACGUGGCACUUCAGCAUCCGCCAGCACAGAGAGAUAGUGCCCCGCAGUGUCCUGGCCAUGCACGCCCAGGACCCUCAGAUGCUGGACCAGCUGUCUAAAAACAUCACACGCUGCGGCUUGUCCAACUCCACGCUCAAUUACCUCCGGCUCUGUGUGAUCCUGGAGCCCAUGCAGGAGCUGAUGUCUCGACACAAGACGUACAGCCUGAGCCCCCGGGAUUGUUUGAAGACCUGCCUGUUCCAGAAGUGGCAGAGGAUGGUGGCCCCCCCAGCGGAGCCGGCCAGGCAGCCCCCCAGCAAGCGCAGGAAGCGUAAGAUGUCCGGGGGCAGCACUGUCAGUGGAGGAGGGGCAGCCAACAGCAACAGCGGCGGCAAGAAGAAGAGCCCAGGAGGGGGCUUUCCGCUGUCCAGCCAGGUACCUGACGUGAUGGUGGUGGGGGAGCCCACUCUGAUGGGGGGGGAGUUCGGGGACGAGGACGAGCGUCUGAUCACUCGGCUGGAGAACACGCAGUUUGACGCAGCCAACGGCAUCGACGACGAGGACAGUUUCAACAGCUCCCCCGCGCUGGGUGUCGGCAGCCCCUGGAACAGCAAGAACCCGUCCAGCCAGGAAAGCAAGAGUGACAAGCCCACGUCACAGGCGUCCCAGUAACUGGGAGCGCAGGGCCAUGUAGGGACAGCUCGGUAUAUUCUAUGACCUUCAGAAUCCUACUCGAGAAGUGGUGCUCAACUCCGCCUCCCCCCGCGUUCUGUCCAGUGGUCUCUCCCUAGUCGGUAUCGGGAAGUGUGAUGGGGACACGGGUGGCUUCCCCGCGAAAUGGUGUUCUUAGGUCUCUCCUCCAGUGGGUUUCGGCUGUUGAUUCUGGUCGUUAAUAUCUUCUGGCUGCGUGUGAUGAAUUCUUACUGCAGGUUCCUUCUGACUCUGGGCUCAUAGUAGUUUCGUAUAGAGCGCCCCCCCCCAGGCUGAUCUCAGACCUGUGAUUGGGCCUCUUUUAUGGAGCUGGCUCCCAUCGGGCUGAUCUCAGACCUGAGAUCGGGGCCUCUUGUAUGGAGCUGGCUCCCAUUAGGCUGAUCUCAGACCUGUGAUCGGGUCUCUCAUACGGAGCUGGCUCCCAUCAGCCUGAUCUCAGAGCUGUGGCAGGUUCUUGUUCCAACCCUGAGUGUUUGCUUCCUGUUGUCACCAUGGGGCUGAUGCCUGCCCUCCCCCCCACCUGUUUUCUUGUGCAUUUGAAAGAAUUGUGUGCAACUUUAGGGUACAGACGUUCAGUUUUUAAAAAUCCAAUUAUUUGUUUUGUAGGACCUGGUUGGAACAAAAACCUGUACAGGGGCGGAGCUUGAGGACCGGAGUUGAGCAGCACUGCCUUAAAUGUUAGAAAUUGGCGUGAGCAGUAGCGUGUUCAGGUGCCGGUUCGCUACCUGCCUCCACUCCAUUCCGGACGCGUUACACACGGCGUGCAGGGAAGUGGGUUCAUUCCUUAUGUCUUAUUGCUUUCUUAUUUUUGUAACUCUUUUUAAAAGAAUCCAACAAGCGGACAAAAAAAUACCCCUUAAUAUUCUUUGCACUGUUUUGCUGUAUCAUUAAUCUAUUUUCCUAUGAAUUUUUUUUUUUUCCAUUUUAGUCCCGAUUGUCAAAUCGUGGAACGUUAGCGACUUCUAACUGGAAAAUAAAACUAUAUAAAUAUGUAACUCUUAAUGCGAGGAUUUUGUAUCAUGAUUAUGUUGUUGUUCCUGUUAUUGUUGUUAUCAUUUUGCAGUAGCUGUCAUUACUCAGAUGUAAAUGUGCCCCCCCUCCCCCCUCCCACCUCCCACCUCCCAGUUGGGAUUUCCUGCUGCUUCAGUUCGGCUCCGGUUUGGACCGGCUGACGUUGCCAUAGCUACGGACAGCCUGGUGUCGGGGUGGGCUGUCUCUCUGGUCUGUGUAGCAGAAUGAUGGCCAGGCAUCGCUACCGUGUUGGUGGAAUUUUAGUGUGCUGCAGUAGCCGGUAAGCUCAUGGGAGUUUUACUUACGCAAAAAUGUUCUGAGGGCUGAAGGACACAUAAUUGGUUCAAAG